UACAGAUGGGCAAAGUGGGGUGGCAGAGGAGAUGAUAAUUGGCUCAGAGUCACGCCCAAAGGCACACAUCUGCUUAAUGACAGGACCAGAGUAUGGAAUCUGUACCAAGAUCUUAUUGGUAAGUCUGGUAACACCACUCAGCACUGGGGCCAUGAGUGAGCAGAAGAUGAAGAAUCCUAGGAGAAACUCCAGCUUAGCAGGCUUCAUGGUGGAGCAGGUAGCAGGUCACUUACAUGAGAAACCGAUAACCCCAAGUUCCAGCUCCGAGGAUCAAGCUCAGCUGCUCUCUGUGACCCGACAGGAACCAAGAGCUCCUGUGCCCUCUCUCAGCCCUUUAUCCCACACGCCUUCUACGUACCUGUGACCACACCCAACCUGUACAGCAGCCCCUAGGAAGGGGGAAAAAAAGCAUCUCUAGACACUUCUGGUCAGCAUCAUGAAGCCAUCGCUGCUCCGGUCUGUGGUGUUCCUCUGCGUGCUGCUGCUGCCUGCCCUGGCAGGGAGAAAGAAGAAGUACUCUGAGGGAGAGCUGUUACUUGAGGAGUGCUGGGGACAACCAAAAGCUAAUGAUUGUACCAAAAGGUGUUCUAGAACUUUCAAAUGUGUACACAAAAGUUACAAAUGCUGCUGGACCUACUGUGGUAACAUCUGUGCAGAAACUGGGAAGUUUUAUGAAAGAAAGAAAUGAGCCUGCCUUCUCACUGGCCCGGCCUCAUGCCAGCUCAUGGAUGUGUGCUUACUUUUAGAAGCCCUGUGUUUAUUGGUGGGUAAAAGGUGAACGUACUUCAAAAAAAAAAAUUUGCUAACA